GUGUAUGAAUUUUGAGACUGUAAUGGUAGAGAAGAAAAAAAGAAGAAAGUAGAAUGAAAAAGUAGGUGAAGAAGAUAAGAUGAGUAAGCAAAUUGUGAUGACCUACCUUUGCUUUUCUUCUCAAUUACUUUUCUCUCAAUUUCCCAUCAUCUUCUGAUUCUGAUUCCUUCUCUUGUAAGAUCCAAAAAAUGGGUAACACAAUUACUCAUCCAUGGAUGAAUGAUUAGAGAGCUUCAUUCACACAGAAAAGUAACAGAAAUGGGUUCUGCAACUAACUCAAAUCCAAAUCCAAAUCCAUAUCCAUGGACCCCAAAGGAUUGUUCAGAAGGAAUCUGCAGCAUCUACUGCCCCCAAUGGUGUUACAUAGUCUACUCUCCUCCUCCUCCUUCACUCUUCCUCGGUGGUGAUGAUGCUGAUGAUGAUCCUUCAGGAUUUGAGUUUUCUCCUCUCAUAGUUGCUGUCAUUGGAAUAUUAGCCAGCACUUUCAUCUUGGUCACAUACUACACCAUCAUCUCAAGAUUCUGCAGACGCACCACCAUGCAAUCCAAUGAGGCUUCUUCGCCGGAAGAAGAAGAUGGUGAGGUUUCUUCUUCCUCAAACUCUGGUUUGGAUGAGGCUCUCAUAAAAUCCAUCACAGUGUGCAAGUACACCAAAGGGGUGGUGGAGGGUCAUGAUUGUUCAGUUUGUUUGAGUGAGUUUGAAGAGAAUGAGAGUCUGAGAUUGUUGCCAAAAUGCAACCAUGCUUUUCAUCUUCCCUGCAUUGAUCCUUGGCUGAAAUCUCAUGCCACUUGCCCCUUGUGCCGUUCCACCAUCACCCUUGUUUCUCCUCCAAAUCCUGCCAUGGAAGCACCACCAAGAGUCACUGUUAAUGCCUUGGAAUACCAGCAAAGAAGUAGCCAUGUUGUUGUUGUGGUUGUUCAGAGCUCUGAGCAGCAGGAGAAGGUGCUGAGUUUUGAUUCCAACACUUUGAAUGAGAGUGAAGGAUAGAUGAAAAACUUCUUCAAUCAAUUUAUAUCACAAGAUUGAGAGAGAGAAAGGGAACAAAUUCUGUUCUGUUCUUCCUGAUUCAUUGUAUGUACCAAUUCUUCUGUGUAACAUCUGUAACAUAUAACAGAAAUUCUUGAACAUCAAGAUCAUUUGUUAAUGUGAAUUUCACAGAAAUGUAAACCCUUGCAGAAAGUUGGUUUUGCCCCUUUGUUGAAGAGGGACUCCACAAGUAUCAAGUUUCUUUUUGUUGUA